CUGCCCUCACCUCCAUCUCUUCAUUGCGAACUCCCACUCGUCCAUCUCUUUCCGCACAGCUAGGUAUGUCUCAUCCCACAUCGUAUCGGUGCUGCCAGUGUCGGGCCUGUCUGAGCCCGUCCCAAUUGGAAUGUCGCUGGCCUGGUCGGAUUCGGAGUCCUGCUUCGUCUGCGCUGAGCAUCUGUCCAUUUCCCCUCUCUUUCCUGCCCAAUCUCCAAGCAAGCAACGCAAUUGCUCACCAACUCGCAGACUUCACAUCCCCUCCUUCUCUUAACCAUGUCUGCCAAAUCCAUCCUCGAGGCUGACGGCAAGGCCAUCCUCAACUACCACCUCACUCGCGCUCCCGUCAUCAAGCCCACCCCUCUUCCUCCCUCCAAAACCCACAACCCGCCUCCCAAGCUAGCUUCGCUGUACUUCCCCGCCGGUGCAGACGUCAAGGGCGUGCUCGACCAGGCCGAGGCUACCUAUCCCUGGCUGCUCGCUCCGGGAGCCAAGUUCGUUGCGAAGCCAGAUCAAUUGAUCAAGAGGCGAGGCAAGAGUGGUCUUCUGGCCCUCAACAAGACAUGGCCAGAGGCUCGCGCCUGGGUCGAGGCGAGGGCAGGGAAGCCCCAGAAGGUCGAGACGGUCGAGGGGAUUCUCAGGCACUUCCUAGUCGAGCCCUUUGUGCCCCAUUCCCAGGAUACCGAGUACUACAUCAACAUCAACUCGGUACGAGAGGGUGACUGGAUCCUCUUCACCCACGAAGGUGGUGUUGACGUCGGAGAUGUCGACGAGAAGGCUGAAAAGCUCCUCAUUCCCGUCGACCUCAGCGAGUAUCCUUCAAACGAGGAGAUCGCGUCGACGUUGCUGAAGAAGGUCCCCAAGGGUGUUCACAAUGUCCUUGUCGACUUCAUCUCCAGACUCUAUGCCGUCUAUGUUGACUGCCAGUUCACUUACCUCGAAAUCAACCCCCUCGUCGUCAUUCCCAAUGCGGAUCAGACCUCAGCUGAGGUUCACUUCCUGGAUCUUGCCGCGAAGCUCGACCAGACUGCCGAGUUCGAGUGCGGUGCGAAGUGGGCUAUUGCACGCAGCGCGCAGGCUCUCGGCCUCCCCGUUGCGCCUUCCAAGGAGGGCAAGACGCACAUCGAUGCCGGCCCGCCCAUGGAGUUCCCUGCGCCUUUCGGUCGCGAGCUGAGCCCCGAGGAGGCCAAGAUUGCCGAGAUGGACGCAAAGACGGGUGCAUCGCUCAAGCUCACCAUCCUGAAUCCCAACGGCCGUGUCUGGACUCUGGUGGCUGGUGGUGGUGCGUCGGUCGUCUACGCCGACGCCAUCGCCUCUGCGGGCUUCGCCGAUCAGCUAGCCAACUACGGCGAAUACUCUGGUGCGCCCACUGAGCAGCAGACGUACGACUACGCCACAACCGUCCUCAACCUCCUCUCGCGUGCUCCCAUGCAUCCUGACGGCAAGGUCCUCUUCAUCGGAGGUGGCAUUGCCAACUUCACCAACGUCGCUAGCACCUUCAAGGGUGUCAUCAGAGCACUCGAGCAGGCGGCGCCCGUCCUGAAGGAGCACAAUGUCCAGAUCUGGGUUCGCCGUGCAGGCCCCAACUACCAAGAGGGUCUGCGCAACAUCAAGGCUGCCGGCCAGAAGCUCGGCCUCAACAUGCACGUGUACGGCCCGGACAUGCACGUGUCGGGUAUCGUGCCGCUGGCCCUCAAGGGUGCCACGACGGACAUUCCCGAGUUUUCUGCUUAGUGAAUACGCUUCAUGACUUCGGAAAGCGGGGAGCAAGGUUAGGGUUUCUUAGUUAGGUAUAGACUUUGCGCCUGGUUGUCUCGGUGCAUGAAGAACUGGCAUUGAGCAAAAAUACAUGUUUUAAUACCG